AUGAUCUGUCACCUGGAGGGCGUGCUCAUUCUCGGCAAAUCAUCUUACGGCCCCUGCAGUGACACCGGGCUGGUCCAGCUUGUUCCCAAGGUGCUACGGUUGGCAGGCCUAGCGUCCACCCACUCGAAGCACCGUUGUCGGUCUCCCGACCGGCGCCCUGUGCGCAAGGUGCUUCUGUAUGGGCCUUCUGUGACAGGCAAGACAUGCUUGGCUAGCGCCAUCGUUGCACGCAGCAGCAACGCCACCGUCUACUACGUGUCCACGCCCGUGCUGCUCAACAGGUGCCGACUCCGGGGUGAUGUCGUGCUGGUUCACUCGCUGUUCGACGAUGCCCUGCGGAGAUCUCCCUGCGUGCUUUGCUUCGACGACCUCGACGCACUGUGCAGCCUCCCGAAGUCGCCCAGGGACCAGGAGCGCCUGCGGGCCCUGAAGUGCGCGUGGCUCGAGCGCGUGUCCCGGCUGCCGACCAAGGCGGGCCCGGUGCUCGUCAUGGGUGUUAUCAACAACCCGUGGCUCUUGGACGACGAUGUGCGUUCGCAGUUCGAGCGCAUCCUGUUCGCUCCGUUGCCCCCAGAGUCCGACCGGCUGCGUCUGCUCAAGCAGCUCGUGCGCAGUCCCGCGCUCACUGACGAGGACUACAGACACCUGGCGAAGCGCACCGAAGGAUUUACCAGCACGUUCCUGGCCAUGUUGGCGGCGGAGGCGCAGCGCAACGCACGUGCCGUGUGCGAGCACGUGUACGACCGGGCCGUGGACACGUCGGGCGCGUUGAAGGUGACGCUGAGCGACAUUCUCACCGCCAUGGAGAAGGUCGAACUCCCCGAGUCUGUGAGCCGCAGGAGCAGCGUCACCAGCUCCAAGACAGAGUCCACCACCGCCGCGCUGCCGUAGCUGCCAGCGAAGGGGCCGGAUCCGGAAA